AUGUCUCUGAAUGUGGCUAAAGCUCCGGGAAACGAUUAUUUUCUCACUAGAGAGCUACUGGUUGCCUUGCUCGUUCUGCUCUUUACUGUCGUACUAUUUGUUCUGUGGAAAAAGAGUCGCAAGACCAACCGUGAUGUACUGCUCGUGGGAUUGUGCGAUUCGGGUAAGACGGCUCUAUUUUCACACUUAUUGUACAAUAAACCAGUACAAUCUUUCACGUCUCAAGUGGAAAACAUAGGCGAGUUUAAAAGCAAAAAGAACUUGUUGCGCCUAGUCGACAUUCCAGGUCACGAAAGAGUGUUCACAAAAUAUUGGGAUGCUUACAAAAUAAGUUGUAAAGGUGUUAUGUUUGUUGUGGAUUCAGAAACUGUUCAAACUGACAUUUGUGAUGUGGCCGAGUUAUUGUACAGAAUUUUAACUGAUGUAACGAUUCAAACCAACAAGACUAAAAUUAUAAUACUGUGUAACAAACAAGACAAAGUAUUGGCCAAGGGAUCAGAAGUAAUCAAGACAUUGCUCGAAAAAGAACUGGAUACAUUGAGGUUAACAAAGUCAAAUCAGUUGGAGAGCAUUGAUGGAAAAAAGAAUAAGACUCUGUUGGGGAAAAAGAAGAAACAUUUUGAAUUUACUCAUUGUCAGAUGGCAGUUGAGUUUGCAGAAGUGAUUUCCUCGUCUCAAGACAUAGUUCUAGAACCGAUUAAAGACUGGUUAGAAGGUAUUCAGUAA